UCAGUGUUUGCUCAUCGUUGAAGCUAAGAGAGCGAUAUCUGAUGGAUGCAGAUAAGAGAACUUGUUUUUGGCUCGAUCGAACCUUGUUGAUGUUUAUGCUUUACUGUGCCGUCCAGGGCAACAAACAACACUUCGUUGCCACGCUUGCUGCAUUGAUAUUGCAUGAUUUCCUACUUUUCAUGCUCAACCUCCUCCUCCAUGAUGUUUAUGCUUUACUCUCAACUCACUUAAACAACUUCAAAUCAACAACUUUCAAUCAAAGCGGUAUCGAUAACCACGUGAGAGAAAAAGGGGCACUCGAAUUAUGCGCAAAAGUGAAGGAAGAUAAAAGAGAUGGCGAAGGAGAGGGAAAGAAAGUUGCAGCAUGUGAGAAUUGCAGGGGGGUGCAAGAGGAAGAAGCAGUGAAAGCCAAAGGGAAAUACAAGGAUAAAUACAAGAAGAAGUUGCUGCAAAGGGAGGAGAGAUUUGAGAAAGUUAAAAGCUCGUUGAAAGAUAAAUACAACGAGGACCGAGACAAGUGGGAAGAAGAGAGAAAGCUGCUUAACAAAAAGUAUCAAGAGAUGCGCUGGACAUAAAACCAAACAAAUAAGAGAAGAAGAAAAAUACCCUUUAAUUAUUCAAUGUUAAUCAGUUAGUUACAAUUCUACAAUGUGAUGAUUAUGAUUAUUAUAAUGUAUGUAUGCAUGUGUGCAAUUAUAUAGAAAAUUGUAUGCAUGUAUGCAUUGCAUAUAUUACACAACACAAGAACCAAGAGGCAAAUUAUGAAAUUCUAAUUAUAU